AGGCGCGUGCGCGCGGCAUGCCGGGAGUAGCGGUGUCUCCUUAGCAGCACCUGGUGAAGCUGGUCCGAUCCAGCUGCGAGGCGAGCCCGUGGAACGGUUCUCGCUGUGGCUACAUCUCGCUCUGCCCUAGUAAGGGCAGAGUUUUCUGUGAGAGGACUUCAGUUUGUUAAAAUGAGCAGUCGUAAAUCAAAGAGUAACAAUUUAAUACAUACAGAGUACCUUUCACAGAAUGAACGCGACAGGCUGAGAGUGCCUGAAAGACGUCAACGAGAAACAGCAGAUCCGCGUCAAAACGUACAAAGAAUUUUACGUGAAAGAUUUUGUUAUCAGAGUUCACAUAGUAACCUAUUUGGAGUACAAGUACAAUAUAAACACUUAAUUGAGCUGCUAAAAAGAACUGCUAUCCAUGGAGAAAGUAACUCUGUUCUCAUUAUUGGACCCCGAGGAUCAGGAAAGACCAUGCUAAUUAACCAUGCUUUGAAAGAAUUAAUGGAGGUAGAAGACGUGAGUGAAAAUGUAUUACAAGUUCACCUAAAUGGACUGCUGCAGAUCAAUGAUAAAAUAGCUCUAAAGGAAAUCACAAGGCAGUUAAAUCUGGAAAACGUAGUUGGAGAUAAAGUUUUUGGAAGCUUUGCUGAAAACCUUUCAUUUAUUCUGGAAGCUUUAAAAAAAGGUGACCGGACUAGUAGUUGUCCAGUGAUCUUCAUAUUAGAUGAAUUUGAUCUUUUUGCUCAUCAUAGAAACCAAACACUCCUCUAUAAUCUUUUUGAUAUUUCUCAGUCUGCACAGACUCCAAUAGCAGUUAUUGGUCUUACAUGUAGAUUGGAUAUUUUGGAACUCUUAGAAAAAAGAGUGAAGUCACGAUUUUCUCACAGACAGAUGCACUUAAUGAAUUCAUUUGGUUUUCCCCAGUAUCUUAAAAUAUUUAAAGAACAAUUAUCUCUACCUGCAGAGUUUCCAGACAAGCUUUUUGCUGAGAAGUGGAAUGAGAAUGUUCAGUGUCUCUCAGAAGAUAAAAGUGUGCAAGAAGUCCUACAGAAGCAUUUCAAUAUCAGCAAAAGCCUGCGGUCCUUACAUAUGCUAUUGAUGCUUGCUUUAAGUCGUGUAACCACAUCACACCCAUUUAUCACUGCAGCAGAUUUGAUGGAGGCAAACCAGCUGUGUAGCAUGGACUCUAAAGCAAAUAUUGUACAUGGUCUGUCAGUCUUGGAAAUCUGUCUUAUAAUAGCAAUGAAACAUUUAAAUGACAUCUAUGAAGAGGAGCCCUUUAAUUUUCAAAUGGUCUAUAAUGAGUUUCAGAAGUUUGUUCAAAGGAAAGCCCAUUCUGUCUAUAAUUUUGAGAAACCUGUUGUCAUGAAGGCCUUUGAACACUUACAACAAUUAGAAUUAAUAAGGCCCGUGGAAAGAACUUCAGUAAAUGCACAGAGAGAGUACCAGCUGAUGAAACUACUUUUGGAUAAUACUCAAAUUAUGAAUGCUUUGCAGAAAUACCCCAACUGUCCUACAGAUGUUAGGCAGUGGGCAACAUCCUCACUAAGCUGGUUAUAAAUAUAACCCAUGGCUUCAGUAAUGUAGUUUCAGGCAGACUUCUCUAAAGAACUAAAAGCUAUUGUCCUUUAAUAAGAUGUGUUAAUACAUUUUUUAUAUUUAUAGACAUGUAUUUUUGUAUUUAUGGGGAACUGUUACACAGGUAGUAUUCUUGGCUAUGUCAUGCCUUUAAAUCAUAAGCAGUUACGUGAUUUAUAAUUCCAGUAAUUUAGACUAUGUUGAAGUAGAAGUUAAAAUAAAUGUGACUAUUUCUUAGAUAUUGAACCAUAUACUUAUUUAACAGUUAUGAAGUAUUUUUGUGUUACAUUUGAAAUGUUCAUUUCAGUCUAGCAGCCAAUGUUUUUAUAAACAUUAAAGAAAGCAUUAAAGAAACAACAGCAAGCAUUGAGAUGUAAUUUUUUUUAAUUUUUUUCUGUACCAUGGAAAUGUUGGAUUCUAUUUCAGACCCAGGUCUAGUUCAGGAGCCUGGCCAGUUUGGCUAGAAGAUGCUUCACACAGAAGUAAAAGGCCAAAAGUUUGGACAUUUUCCUCCAGACUUCUCCGACUGUGGUACUUUAUACUACCUACAGAAGAAUCCCUUGAAGAGUUGAAGGGUGUUCUUAAAUGCAGAUCCUUGGGCCUAUUCUAGUCCAAAAUGAUCAGAAUUUAUGUUUUUAAACAGGUACUUUACAAAAUUCCUGAAAAAUCACUUUCACAAAGACUGGGGAAUGUUUGGCAGUGUUAACUAAAUCUAUAUCUAAAAGUAAAUCGCAAGAGCAAUGUGGAACUGUCAGCAAAAGGAUCACCUUAUAAAUUCAGGAAUCCACAAGCUAAUACAGCCAUAUAUUUAAAGUGGAAUAUAAUAAGCAUUCGUUAAGUGUUAGUGACUUCAUUUAUUCAGGAUUAUUUGAUUGCCUAUUGUUUUCAUGGAAGGUUUACAGAAGGCACUGUCCAUAAUCUUGUGCAGUUUGCAAUACUUGUAACUGUCGAAGACGAUAGGAUGUUUCAGUGCCGUUACCUGCAGAUGAAAAAUCUAGCACAGCUGUGGCAGUGUUCAGUCAGUCAGAGAACGAUAUCAGAGCCCGGUUCAAAUCGGGUUUGACAUCAAAGUCCCUGCUAUUAAGGUGUGAAAUCCAGCAAAGGUUUCUUACCAUGUGUUUUUUAAAGAAUACUCCAGGAAAUGAUUUAUCUGGUUUUUAAGAAGUCUUGGACAUAGAAUAGAAAUAUCUUUGUGUAAUAAAAGUAGCUCUAGUAGUUCUUCAAUAGUUACAACCUAUUGUUCUACACACUUAGCCAGUCAUGCCCUGCCCCUGACUAAGUCUUCAGAUCACUAUCACUUGCUUUUCAGCAGUCUCACUAAAUUAAAUCUAAGGCUUACACACUAUUUCUGUGCAAUAAAUACUCUAGAUCUUGAAGGGAUGCUUUGCCAACAUAAUAGCUUCACUAUUGCUAGAAGCAAAGAUUUCAUUUUACACUUGAGCUAAAAUUGACCCUUUAAAAAUUUUUCUAAGCUAUUUUAAGGCACUCACUGUAUAAAUACUUGGAGAACUGACUUGAGCUUAUAAAUUUUUAUUAGGCUAAAUACCACUAAUAGACUAAGAGCCCUCCCUCCUCUGCCUCCCUGGUACAUAUGAGCUACAUUAGAUCCAUCAGCAUGCAAGUAUACAGAUUAAAAAACUAAGCAGCAAGGUGGGUUUUCAUACUCAGUGAAACAGAAAGCAAGCCAUCCCCUUCUUAAGUCAUCAGAUUGAAAACCAGGUGUGGAAGAAGAAUUCAGUGCAGUUUUACCCAUGACUCCCCACCAGGUGCCCUAACAAAAACAGGUUCUUAUAAAACAAAUCUAUAUAAUAAAAGCAUAAGCAACCUGUUAUGGCGGAAGGACCAGAACAACCGGUUACUAUGACACACACUGACCACCAGGGGGCAGACGCUCAAUGCAGGAGCCGGGUUCACAGCUGGUGAGCGCAGUGGUGGUGGCGGGAGCCCCUACCACCUCCGCAGCAGCAGUAAGGAGCAGCAAGCUGAGUGGUAAGGAGCAAGGGCUCCCUGACUGCGAGAGGGAUGUCCGACUGCCGGCUAAGAUCCGCUCCCUGGAGAGGGCACAGGCCGGGCUGAGGGGCUCCCUUCAAACCCCCCCCCCCCCCCCCCCGCCACCUGUACACAAAUUUCACAUACCGGGCCUCAUGUUUUAAUUAAAGAAAUACUUUCCAAUUCAUGUGCACAUGCAUAUGAAUGGCUCUGAGGAAUGAAAACCUGUUUUGCAAACUUACUAUGUCAUAAUGCUAUAUAUAUUAAGUGUAUACUGUAUUAUUAGCUUCCUGAUAAAGAUAAAUCAGUGUUUUGCAGAACACAUUGUGGAAAACAAUUCCAAUAUUCCUGUAGAUUUCACCAUUGUUCCCAUUUUCAUGUAGUUUAGAAGACAAUGCAGGUUCUUUCAAACCAAUGUAACCUAAGUGUUGUCCCUUCCUUUGCCUUUACCCUAAAAACUUGAGAAUCAGUGUGAACUGUAACACUCCAUGUGGCAUGGUGGGGCUUUUCCACUCCCCCUUUCUUCAAAAGCCAUAUUAUAAACAAAACUUUUGCAACAUUAAAUAUGUAAAUGGAAGCUGGCUUCCUAUUACUAAUUACUCAAAGUGAAAAUACCAGAAUUCUUCCAUCCACUUGGUAACAGGUUACAAAUUGGAAAUAUAUAUCUUCAAGGGCUAUUUCCUAAGCCACAUUUUUUUUAUUAACAUAUGAAGAAGAAACCUAAUGCCAGCUAGCCUCUGGCUUCCUAAAACUGGCAGGACCAACAUAAAUACUUUAGUGGGAAUACAAUCUGCUUAGAGGACAAAGGAACUGACAAGCCUUCCUUUCACCUUAUCCCCAUUCAUGCAAAUCUCAAGGUGGAAGCCUCACUAUAAAUUACAAAGCUACUAUUCCGCUCUUAAGAACAUAUAGCUAAAGAAAAACUGCAUAUGCAAAUCAUACUAUAUUCACUUUUUUUUAUUUAACUUGGGGAUGGAAUGGGAAUAGCAUACAUUUUAUUUGUACAAUAUUUAACAAUCACUUAUCCAAGGUGGGGUUUAAUGGGGCUUUUCUUUUUUUUUUUUAGCUUUUUGUUAAAUACUUGCUGAAAAAACAGCAAGUACAAUUUGACAGUAGUACAACAACCUGUGCCCAAAACACUGACAAGAAAUACAGAGUAAAGCUAAAUAAUUGCUUUCCAAUAUUUUGAGAGGUAACAAAUAGGAUAUGGGUUUAGACUGCAUAAAAAAAUGUACUGCUGGUUGAAUAUCUGAGGUAAAUGAUGUUCAAUCAAAAUGCUACUUGUAUCAUUUUGCCCAUAAAUCAGUAAAUAAUUUUAUGCACAUUAUACCAAAUGUUCCUAAAAAGUAAUUUUUUUAGAAAGGUAAAAAAGAGAUACUGGAAAAUAUCUAUGGUGAAGCAGUUUUUUUUAAAAACAGUAAUCAGUUUAUCCCACCAAACUAUCAUCUGGCCAGGGUUUUUCCCCAUAGCACCUGCAUUUUACUUAAAUGCAGUUGUUAUGUAGGGAUAAGGAAAGGGGGAAGAGAUCCUUUUUUUAAUUUGAUGAUAUAUGAUUCUAUUUUAAAUUCCAAAUUUGUUGGGGUUGUUUCCUGAUUGUAUUUUCAAAACCAUCACCAUGAAGGAUAGUUCAUGGGACCAACAAUUGUGAGGCACAGUCUCUGUUCUAGAAUUCACAAGAUACCUAUAAUAAACACUCAAACAAGAAUCACACAUCACAUGCUGAAAACUUACUAGCAUCUAAAAUACAUACAAGAGCUGUGCAGGGCAUUGACUUCGAAUAAAGCCAAAUACCGGUUAAGCCAUCAGUCCUAGGCAGUUGAUCAUAAAGCGUUCUUUAGAUGAAGAUCUGGGCAAGGUAAAGAGUGUAAGUUAGAGCAGCAGUCCGAUGGGUAUCAGAAAGGCUAAAUACAAGACAAAUCAUAAGGAGCACCAUACACAUGAGGAAAAGAAGUAUUGGAGUCCAUUUACCCCAAAACAAAGUCUUUUUUCUCAUUCUUUGAUCUUCUUUUUUUAGUAUCCCCAGCUCAAACGUUUGUUGACUUGCCCACUCUGCCCCGACUGUAAACCAAACAUGAAAAUGCCCUGCAAAAGAAAGUUCUAACGAGACUGGGAAUCAGGACAAGGUAGUCACCAGAACAUUCUUACGUAACUGCUUAUAAAAAGUUUCUCUAAUAACAUUCUCAAAAGGAUACAAGCUUUAAAAUUGGCUAGUUAAGUACAAUACCCAGAUUUCUAAAAAAAAAAUUCUAACAAGAAAAAUUUUUUGUGAAUAACUGGUCUUAUAAAACUUAUCUCUAAGUACCCACAUAAGACAAAUAUUCCUCCUGUUUUGGAUUUUUAACUUUUAUCAGGAUUAAAUGUUUAGAACAGAUGUAAAUUAGUCUUCAGGAGAUUAACAAUUUUCAUGUGUGGACAUUCUGAUUAUUUUCCUUUCUUGAUUAGUUUCAAAGUGAAAGCAAAACCAUAUCAAGAAAUUGAUAGGCAAAGUACUUUUUUUUAACUAAAGAGGUGAACUCAACAUUGAAAUGGGAAUUCCUAAAAAUGACAUGACAACUUGGGCACAUGAUGUGACCAAGAGAAUGUUCUAGAUGGUGUGUGGCACAUGGGCAACAAUGCUAUUACUCUUUUUCCCCUCCCUGCUUAGAUUCUGUUGACCUAUUUAUUUUUAAAUAAUAUAACUUAUUAUUCCCAGAGAGUAAGUGCAUAUCAUAUGUAAAAUGUAGUGUACUUUGUGAUUAAAUAGCCAUUUACAGAUAACACAUUCACAGUGAGUGCCUGACAGUGACAUGUAAAAAAUCAUUUUAUAAAGUUAAUGUAUGGAUUUUAAAAUGACCUGACAAAAAGUAUAUAGUGUAAUACUGGUGGUCAGUAAUCUAGAAAUUCAGGAAAUGAAUGUUUUACUUUGGCCUGAAUAAUUUGAGAAAGAAUCCAAUGAUAUUCUAAUGGUAUACUGUUUUGAAAAGCACUUAGACGCCUACCAUCAAUUCCAUUUUCUUAUCAAGGGUAAGGAAUGAACUAUCUUAAAUUAAUAGAGUCAGUUGUGAGAGCAAUUUGCAGGAGGAGACGGUUAUAUGUGACCUAUUUUCAAUAUUGGUUACCUCUAAAUGUCAUUGCAUAUUUUAAAUUAUAGGUUUAACUUGUUAUCCCUGAUUUGUUUUAAAGUGGUAACAUCUGAAAUCUGUGCUUAAAAUUUAGUCUCUAUCCUAGGAUAAUUCUUUACAUAUCACAGACAUCAAAUAUUACUCUGACAAGAUGGCACCAAGCAGAAAUAUGGUGAUAAACUUACAAGUCUCAAAGCAGAGAGUGAGGAAUUCUGGGUAAUGACACUUCCUGAGGUGAUCCUAAAACAGUAAUAAAGAAUGUCCCACACACUGUUUGGUGAAAAGAAAUACACUACAAUUUUACAUAUAUAAAUAGAAAAAAAAUCUAUUUUAAAAGAAUAAAAAUGAAGAGCUUUCCAGUGUCACAGCUCACUUAAAAAUUUUAAAUCAUGCUUUAAAUUUUCAAAUAUUCCCCAAACACAGCACACCUAAAAAAAAAUACUUAGGUAAAAAUGCAAUAUUUUGGGAACUGGAUAUAAGAUGAAGCUUUAAAACAUGGGAAGAGGGGGGAAUGCCACCAUUUUUCAAUUCAAAGAACAGCACUUUUUCCCUAAAAUUACAAGCUAGCACAAGAAAAGCUAAAACACUGCUUUACGAAUGGCCACUUACUGUUGGCACUAAGUAUAGCUUACCUUUUUUAUUUAAAUAACACAGUGAAUUUGUAAUACCUUGUUACAAAACAUGGAUCAAUUUAUUAUUCAAAUUUUGUUAGUGUUUUCAAUUAUAUAAUUUAGCAACCGUGGAACUGAGGUAUACCUUGUUGAGGGAGGUUAAAGUAAUGCUUGGAAGCCUCUUUACUGUACCCCACUUUGAUGACUGUUUAUGUACACAGAACAGCAGCACACUACACAUUCACAAGCUGUGUCAUAUUGGCAUUACAAUAGUCAUUUAUAGAAACACAACAGCAAAUGCAAUAAAAACAAGUUACCCUUUUUUAAAAUCUGAAAUGAAAAGUUUCUGAUUUAAAAAAAAAAUAGCAGUAGUUCAUUUAAGGAAUUAGUGUCUUCUGACAGACAUUAGAAAUCUGAAGUCAGUUUCAAACACUUGAUUAGCCAGGUCCAAAGAGCCUUGAUUUGGAGAGGGCCACAUUCUUCAUGUACACUUUCUCAAAAGUUUAUAGAGUUUGCAAUGUUUCUCUUCAUCUCGUCCUUUCACGUUUCUGCUAUAGGCAGUGCCGUAAGUCUCCCAGAGCCACAGUUUUAAACGAGGGUCUUCUUUUCGACGCGUCCAGGAGACCACCUGCUCAUUUCACACAGAAAAUACACUGUAAGCAGUUUCGUUAGCUUAGCAGCUCCAGUUCACAGUCCCGUUUCUCAAUGUGUACACAUGGUGCAACCAUCAUAGACUAGAUUCUUUGGGAGGAAAGUCAACAUUUGUCACCAUUGUGACCACUGUUACAAUGUCCUCUGUGGUAAUGAUAUUUGUUAGUCUCUGCAUCUGAGUAAUUCUUUCCCCUACACAUCCAGCUGAUAACCUGGCUUCUGCAUCAUGAUCCCAACAUUCUUCUAUCGUUUCACAGAGCAUUGCCAUUCCCUAGAAAGGAAAAACAUAUUCAAACACCAUGGCAAAAGAGUAAAACUUCCAUAAACAAAUUGCUAUUUUUGUAGAUUAAAGAAAGUGUCAAGAUUAACCAAGUUUGCUAUUAUUUGCCAGUGUUCACUUUUUAGUAUCUAAUGUACACAGGAACAUUAAGAAUAAGAAGCACUGAGAGAAAAUUUUUUUAGCACUGGAGAUUAUCAGAGUAGGUAAUUAAUUUUUUAAAUUCCAAAAAUUGCUAUCCAUUGUUCAUAAACCAAGUCAUUUCAGUGCUAACCCUUGAAAUGGAUUUAAGACCAAGGCUAUAGGAGGUCUACAUUAACAAUCAACAUUCUAUCUCGCAAUUUCUGUCUUGAAAACUACCCUUGAGAAUGAUCCUGGUUAUAGCUAGACCAAAAUAACCACAACAAUACUGUCCCAUCCUGUGUCCACCUAGUCUUUAGUUUCAGAGCAUCCUUAAGAAUUUGAAAAUCUUGCAACCACAAAUCGAAAUGCUAAACCAAAAGCCCUUGGAGAGAGAGAACUGGGUGUUCGCUUUUUUUAAAUGGCAUCACAUAGGAAGGUGGUGAUCAGCAGGGUUAACCCCAUCAUCCGCAGACUGGCUCAGAGCCAGGAGCUCCUUUCCCAAACAGGAGACAUGCUCAUCUGCACAGGACCACAGAGGGAUGAGAGCCCGCAAGGCCCUAUGACUGCAUCAUCUCCCCUGUGAGUGCACCAUCUUCUUGUUUCUAGAGCAGAGUAUUCUGAUGAAGAUCACCUCCCAGAAAUCAUUCCAGAAAUGUGCAGAGAUGUAAAUCAUUCCUCUGCAAAGCAUUUUAUUGGGAUUUCAUGUGACAAGCUAACUGCAUAACUUACAGCAUGCUUCUGCCAAUAAUCUCUUAAAACGGGCCUCUUUUUUUUAUGCACAACAACUUCCUGCAUGUCUUCAAGAGAUGGAUGCUGGCCGAUUUCCUCCUCAAAUGGCAGCAUGUACUCAUCUACAGGUCCUAAAGUGUAAAUAAAAAGGGGAAAAAAUCUUUUAAUUCAAAUUUUCUUGAUUUCCAAAGUGAACAAACUUUAAAACACUAUCACAUUUCCCAGCUGUUACAUACUGCAAUGAGAGAAGCACUCUCAACCAGACUUAAACACAGUGUGACUCAAACUCUAGCUUAGGGGAAGUCAGGUCUGACUUGGCAUGUGACUUUGCAAAGGACUGUAAGGAGCUUUCUUAACCCUUAUAUGAGCACUGGUUAUCUCCAUGCAUAUGUAGGAUAGAGGGAACCACUGAUAUUUGCAAAUUGCUCUCGGGUACCCACUCUUCUUGCAAUUCAAAUCAGUGGUGCUGUAAACAGUGGUGCUACAGCCUGGGUUCAGUCUGUUACAACCAUCUCUAAUCUAUGAAAUGCUCAGACUCUCAGCACGCUACACAGGAGGGGUCUGUACCUCAGAGUCUGCCUCCUCUGCCCCCAAGAGCUGACAAAAAUACAUUGUUUUUCAAAUCACAAACACUCUCCACACAGGAUUGCCAAUAAUUCAGAAUGUUGCCUUCACAGACAAGCAAGAUUUCUUCAUUAUUAUAAGUGAUUCCUGGUUUCUUAGGCCUACUCAAACAGGAAAAUGCAGUCAGGAGUUAAUAACAAAUAUCUGAUGCACUUUUCUCCUCAUCAGAAACUUUAUAUAUAUUAAUUAUUUCCAUUUUACUUUCACAGACUGAAGGUCGAGUUACAUCUAUUUUACAAAUAAGAAGGAAGCUCAGAAAAGUUCCCUAAUUUGCACAAGGACAUACAGCUGUUAAGUGUAGAGUUGGCAUUUCAAUCCAUUUGAAUGACUACGGUCUGUGCUUUCUCCCCUUGACAGAAGCCUGUCACUAAUCAACAAUUUCAGUGUCCAGCUAUGUCUGUAUAUAGACAUAAACCUUGUACAAGCUCUUUAAAUGCACUAAAUUCUCCUGAAAAGAAUCUAAGUCAAACAGUAAGUCAUGAAGAAAGGCAGCUAACCCCACCCUCUCUAAAUGUAAGCAUUUGUGAUGCCUGGUCACAGCCUCCCCGGGAACCUCUGCAGUGACAGCACUGUCACCGUAAGGCAUCUAUUCCACCCCUCCCCAGAGUGUGGUCCACAGGGCAGUAGCACUGGGCUGACCCGGUACACCUUGUAACGCAUAAAUAUCAGGCCCAACCCAGAUCUCUAGUCAGAAUCUGAAUCAACAAGGCCUCGAGGGGUUUGGUAUAUACAUUAGUUUGAAAGUCACUGAAUUGAAUCAACAAUUAGAUAUCAAGAAAUUUUAAAGCACUCACUUUAGCAAUAGCCACACUGUCCUCUGCCCCAGUUUCUGCCUAAGGGGUAGAAAUGCCUGGCUGCAAUUCAGCACUUCGCAGCACAUGCCAGCCAUCCAAGGAAUGUGAGCAUCCAUCCUUUUCCAUAAAAACUUCCCUGGUAAAUCCUCCUCCCAAUAACAAUUUUCUCAAUCUAAACUCCCAUAACACUUCCUUACAUUUAGUUCUCAAGUGUUAUAUUUAUCCAAAAAUAUUUACUGAAUACCUAUGUACCAAGCACUGGGCUAGACGAUCCACACUUACCUUACUCUAGAGCAGUGGUUCUCAAGCUUCUGGCCCUUUAAAUACAGUUCCUCAUGUUGUGACCCAACCAUAAAAUUACUGUCGUUGCUACUUCGUAACUGUAAUGUUGCUACUGUUAUGAAUCGUAAGUAUCUGAUAUGCAGGAUGGUCUUAGGCGACCCCUGUGAAAGGGUCACUCGACCGCCAAAGGGGUCGCGACCCACAGGUUGAGAACCGCUGCUCUAGAGUUAAUAGUCCCAGAAAAAAUCUGCCACCUUAAUGAAACUGUACAUUACUUAAGGGCGGGGCCCUGUGUAUCCAUAUCUAAUGGUUUGCUUUGGAGAGUUCGUAUUAAUAAAGUUCUUAGGAGAUAUAUUUUCCUAUGAUAUCUGCCAUUUAAUCUACUUUUGCUUCCAUAAAUGCCCAUAAUAAAUGUACUUCCAUUUACAGCCAAAUACACUGAACAGCUUACUCUUCUUCCUACAGAACUACAAACUUAAAUUAUAUCUAAACUGUUUCCUACUUUUUUAGGUUCUGUAUCCACUCCCAGACCAAAUCCCCUGUGUGGAAGAAUGAAUGGCUGUCCAUUCCUGAGCAUAUUCUAAUAAGUUCCUUUUUAAAAGCACAGCUCCCCAAGUCAAGUUUCAUAUUCCAGAGUAGUCUGUCCUGCACUAAGACUAUUACUAUACUCAGCAUUUAAGUAUUCUUAUAAUCAUGGGCUAAAUUGGUUAUGCCUUUCAAAAUAUUCAACAGUUUCUAUGGUCUUUGACAAUCCACAGGAAGUUUUUAGGCAAUUAUAAGUUAAAAUAUAAAACAUCAGAUCAAGUUGAUUUACAUCUGUUUGGGACUUUAACAAAGUUUGCCUUAUAUUCUCACAUGCAAAAACUGUAACAUAACUGAAGGGAGUAGAGAGGCUUUGCGAAGAGCACUAAGACCAAGUACUUACAGCACUAUAAAUCUCACACCAGGAACAUAGUAUGCAGAUUUAUUAUCAAUCAGUCAAUGCAAGUAUUUAUAGGAUGUGAACAAUGACCUCACUAACAAGAACAAAGAACAUGAAUCCUUAGAACCCAGGUGCUGUGCAGGCAAACAUUUGCAAUAAUGUCUACAUCAGAUCACACUUUCAAAGCUUUAAGGAGACAGAAUUUAACCUGUGGUAUAUCCACACGCCUGCUCAGUUAUGUGUCAGAGGACAGACUGGUUCGUCAGGUAUAUGACAGAUUCAGCCUGAAUGUCCUGGUAGCAAAGGUCUCCCAACUCUACAUGCAUUUCCUCUGGCCAGAGGAGCUGACUUAGAACCUGGGGCAGGACCCACAUGAACUAACAGUACAGCCUUCUCCCUACCUCUGGGUCAGUUUCAAAUCUAGGUUUUACCAUUUACCACUUUGAGGCUAAAACAGGCAAGCUACUUAAUUUCUACUUAAAAUUUGAGCCUCAAAUUCCUCAUGUGUAAACCUGAGAUAAUUACUACCUCCAAAGGUGUUUUAGGAAAUAACCUAAAGCUAUGUGAAGUGUCCAGCAAAACAUCUGGCAAGGUGAAGGACCCAUAUAUCCUCCCCCCUUCUCCCCUGCCUCCUGAAUACCCUGAGCUACCACCUCCUGGAGUCUAUUUUAAAAAAAAUUAAAAUGUGUACUUUAAAAUAUUACCUUUGAGUGUAGUCAUCCCUUUUCAUACAUGUGUAGUAGGCAUAUAUAUCUUUUUAAAAAAUUUUUUUCCCUUACCAUCUGCAGCAGUACAGCGAGAAGCCAGUUCCCACAGGACUAAUCCCAUGGCGUACAUAUCUAUCCUCAAAAAUGCAUCCCUUUGGAAGUUUAUAGCACCUUCUAAUACCUCUGGAGCCAUAUACCUCCGGGUACCAACCUGAAAAAGAUGUUGAAAGCAAAUAGUACUCAUUCAUUAAUUUUAUGAACUAACAUAUUAUACUUUUGUAAAAAAUAAUCAAAACCAUAUGUGGUCUAAUAUCAGAUAAGGUAACUAAGUUAUAACCGCCAGACUACAAAGUCAAGCAGAAUUUAUGCCAUUUCAAGUAAUACAACAGCCAAGACACUCACUGGAAAGAGCAGAAGCAUCCAUCAGUAAGGGUGGAUAAAACAAAUGGGGCAUAAGCAGCUCUUAAAAACAUGAGGUACAUCUAUGGGCUAAUCUAGAAAGAUUUCCAAAAACACUGCAGGAUGAAAACAUCAAUGAACAAAGCAGUAUAAACCAAAGUCCUUUCUGGGUACACUUAAUAAAUAUAUCAACAUUAUGCUAGUAUAGACUUAGAAUUUUUCCCCUCUUCUGGAAGUAAUCGUAAGAAACUAAACAAUAAUUGUGAGGAGAAGGAUGAAAGAGAA